AUGGCGGCGGCUCGGGUCAAGAUGGCGGCGGCUCGUCCUGGGGAGGAGUCGGUAGUGAGGAACUCGGGGGAUUGGGUCAAGACGGUGCCGGCUGGUCCUGGGGAGGAGUCGGAGGGGAAGGAACUCACAGGAUCCGGCCGUGGGUGCGUCAUUCCGGACAGCGUCAUUCCGGACUGCGUCAUUCCAGACAGCGUCAUGCCUGGAUACAGGGUCCCUGCGGUGCUGCAAGCCUGCACCACGGAUGGCACAGAGGAGCAAUGA